CCGAUUAGGUUUUCACGAUUUGGGAAAAAGCCGAUUAGGUUUUCACGAUUAGGUUUUUCACGACCAAACCUCUUCUCCCUCAGCCUUCCUCUCUCUCAUCCUCUCUGACAGAGGCUCUGUCAGCGCCAAUCCUCUCUUUAUUCUUCACUUUUAGUUUCUUGAGUUUUUUUGAGCAGUUAAUGGAGUCGAACCAAGCCAAACCCGGCCUACUGUGCAACCCUGAAGCCUCUCAGAGAACCCUGUACCCAUAUGUAACUGGUACAUCUGUGGUGGCUCUGAAGUACAAAGAUGGAAUUUUGAUGGCUGCUGAUAUGGGAGGUUCUUAUGGGUCUACCCUGCGAUACAAGAGUGUGGAACGAAUGAAGCCUAUUGGAAAGCAUUCUCUUCUUGGUGCAAGUGGAGAAAUAAGUGACUUUCAAGAGCUAUUACGUUAUCUUGAUGAGCUCAUCCUAUAUGACAACAUGUGGGAUGAUGGCAACUCUUUGGGACCUAAAGAGGUCCACAACUAUUUGACCCGUGUGAUGUACAAUAGGCGUAACAAGUUCAAUCCACUGUGGAACUCUCUUGUCCUUGGUGGAGUGAAAAAGGGACAGAAGUACCUUGGCAUGGUUAGCAUGAUAGGUGUAAAUUUUGAGGACAAUCAUGUAGCUACAGGAUUUGGAAAUCACCUUGCACGGCCUAUUCUUCGUGAUGAAUGGCAUGAGAACUUGACUUUUGAAGAGGGUGUAAAGCUACUGGAGAAGUGCAUGCGUGUCCUUCUCUAUCGUGAUCGGUCUGCUGUCAACAAGCUUCAGAUUUCCAAAAUCACUGAAGAAGGUGUAACCAUCUCUCAGCCCUACUCUUUGAAGACUUUCUGGGGUUUCUCUGCUUUCGAAAAUCCAACAUUGGGUGCUGAAGGAUCAUGGUAGAGUUCUUGUUUGUUCUACAUGGUUAUUGAACCUCCACAGUGCUUCUGUGGUAGGAGUGUUUUAUAAGUUGAGCUAGGAGGGGAUGGCUUUAAUCAGUCUUAGUUUGACAAUUGGAAAGUUUCUUUAGAUUAUAAAAUAUUUUUGGAGCCGUCAGAUGUGAAAUGUAUGAUCUAAAUUCUUUGUGAUGAGACGAUUAUAUUUAUGGUCUCUAGAUGGAAGGCAAACUGUCGGAAGCUUGAAACACUUGACCAAAAAUGUUCACGUCCUAGGUUAUUGUUGCGAAGAAAAUUAGCGUUUUACAAGAAUA